GCCGCGAUGGCGGACGACCUGGAUGAGCUGCUGGACGAAGUGGAGCUGCGGUUCUGCAGAGGCGGCUCUGCGGCGGCGGGGGCGGGCCGCGAGGGGGAGGAGAGGACGGGCGGAAGCCCGGGCAAGGAGGUGAAAAUCAGCUCACCUUCAGAUGAAACUUUCCAGGAAGAAGAUGAUUUAAAUGAUCUUAUUAACGAUAUUUUUUAUGAUGAUCCAAGUAUAUCAGACCUUUCUAUGUCAAGCCCAGGAGCAGUAACAAAUUGUGUAGGUCAGAGGGCCAAAGUUACAAAGUGUUCCCCAGUUUAUCUGGGUGGUAGCUCUGCGCCCCUCGGACUGGGUACUAAUACUUCUCACAGAACCUGUGACCAACUCCGCUGUACUACCUGUGACUUCAGGGUGGUAAUACUUGAUAACUAUGAAUGGAGCAAGUCGUGUGACUACCUUUUUUUCAGAAACAACAUACCUGACAUAAAUAAACUGAAAACAAAGGCGUUACGUAAGAGAGGUGUGCGAGCUUAUGCCUGCCAGUGUAGCUGGAGAUCCAUCCAGAACCUGACUGACCUCAAGGAAGAGCAACAACUUCGAUGGGUCUGUGGCAAACAUUAAGGCUCAUCUGCGUUGGUCUUGCCCAUUCUCCAGCAGACUGAUAUUGUGGAGACUGUUCCAAUGCAUUACCUGAAGUAAUACUGGGGCAUAAGCAGCAGACAGCAACUCACCAGAGUUCCCUGCCCUGGGCCAUUCCUUCACGUUGUCUGCAGGUGUAGUUCAUCGAAGAGCCUUCCUCUCCCAGGGAAGAGGUCUUUGGAGCUUCUGUUGGCGUUUCUGUGGCUCUGGGUUUUUACAGGGUGGGGUUGCUAGCCUCUUUGUCCAACACCCCAACACCCCUCUUUUCACAGCUGGGCUUGGAGGUAAUACCACAUAUACAGAAUUUUUACUAAACACAAGACAAGCUACAGCAGUUUUAGCAGAAUUCAGUUUUUCCCAAUGUUUGAUGUUCGGGAGUGGCUCUUUGGCUAGAUGGAGUCAAGCUAAACUGCUCAAUAUCAAUUUUACAGUCAAACCAUUGUGAUAUAUCUUGUCAUGCAAAACUAGAAUUGACCCUGUUUCGUGCCAGAAAGUGAAAUAAAACUGACAUCAUGGAGACGUAAUUGAAAAUGCCACAGUAGCAUAGCAAUUAGCACAACACCAUUUUACAGCUCAGGGCAUCAGAGUUUGCAGUUCAAUUCUAGCGUCCUCUGCAUACAAGUCUGUAUGUUCCUUCACGUGUGCGUGUGGGUUUCCUCUCCCGGUUCUCCGGUUUCCUCCCACAGUCCAAAGUCAUAGCACUUAGUAGGUUAAUUGGUCAUUGUAAAUUGCCGGGGUUAAAUCAAUGGUUUGUUGGAGGUAGGGCUCGAAGGGCCCAUUCCACGCCGAGUCUUUAAAUAAAAUUUUCAAUUGAAUUCAUGUCAUUCUGCAUUUAAUCCCUUUACUACAAGAUCUACUAACGUUGCCUUUAAUGAUUGAAGAUUAUGGGAUGUUUAUGUAAUUUUUCAUGGUUGAUCAUGGUGGAAGUUGUCUUCACCACAAGGACUGCGACAGUUUAAUCCAGUGACUCACUGUCUGUUCUAUAAUGCAAUAAGGAACGAGCAAUUUGUUUGGAACAUUGGAGAUGGAUUUCCUCCGAUGGAUUGGAUUUGCUGAAUAUUAUACAGCCAUUGUAAUGGUAAAAAGCUGUAGUCAACCCCAAGAGUACAUUUAUGAUUUUGGGGAAUUACUCAAAUUGGCAAGCUUAAGUUUAAAACAGUGUUCCACAGGGAAAGAGAAAAUGUUUUUAAAAUCACCAUUCUUCAGUCAGGAAGAGAUUUAUUGAGUUUAUUAAAUAUUCUGGAUUAGAACCUCUGGCAUCAAAAUUCUUAAACACUGGAUAAAGAAGUGCGGGAGUUCCAUUUUAUGUUCUAGUUUAUAUAACUUGUUUGAUAGUUUUUCAUUUUUCGUUAUGUUCCCUGCUAUGUAUUUGGUCAAGUAUGUAAAUAAAGUUGAAUUUU